AUGGACUACAAGCAGCAUGUAAUCACAGCUCCAGGAGGCCCGAUCUAUCAUGAUCUGGAGAAACACGAUAUUGGAGAGUCCAAGAGCAACGCGAAGCAAUCAGUAUAUCGUGGCCUUGGUUGGCUUGACAGAUUACUGGUUCUCUGGAUUCUGCUGGCUAUCAUAAUCGGCAUUCUUCUAGGAAAUUUCGUCGACGAAAUCGGACCAGCUCUGCAGAGGGGCAAAUUUGUGAAUGUCUCCAUUCCUAUUGCUGUGGGUCUCCUUGUCAUGAUGUAUCCCAUCUUGUGCAAGGUGAAAUACGAAACCCUACACUUAGCCUUUCAACAUAGAGAAAUAUGGAUCCAGCUUGGUUUCAGCGUAUUUAUGAAUUGGGUCGUCGCUCCGCUCUUGAUGCUCGGUCUGGCAUGGGCUUUCCUGCCAGAUAAACAAGGGUUGCGCAACGGCCUGAUUUUCGUCGGUUUGGCUCGCUGCAUUGCGAUGGUCUUGAUAUGGACGGGCCUUGCUGGCGGCGAUGAACAAUACUGCGCCAUUCUAGUGGCUGUCAACUCAAUCCUGCAGAUGGUUCUGUACGCUCCGCUGGCAAUCCUGUACGUCAACGUCAUCAGCAGAGGCGGAGCCACACCAGUCUCGUACACGACAGUAGCUACGAGCGUAGGUGUCUUUCUCGGCAUCCCUCUCGGCGUAGCAAUCUUGACGAGAUUCGUCCUCCGUGCAAUCAAUGCCAGAUGGUACGAAGAGACGUUCCUCAAGUGGCUGGCUCCAUGGUCGCUAAUUGGACUUCUUUACACUAUACUUGUUCUGUUUGCAUCUCAAGGUCGUCAAGUCGUUCACCAGAUUGUAUCGGUUGUUCGAGUUGGUGCACCACUUCUCGUUUACUUCGCCAUCAUUUUCUUCUUCACGUUGCUGGUGACGAAGAGGCUCGGGUUUGGGUACAAGCUUUCGGCCACACAAAGCUUCACUGCUGCAAGCAACAACUUUGAGCUUGCCAUCGCGGUAGCAGUGGCAACUUUUGGCGCAAACAGCGACGAGGCAUUAGCGACAACUGUUGGCCCGUUGAUUGAAGUUCCCGUUCUAGUUGCGUUAGUGUACCUAGUAAAGUGGCUAGCACCCAGGUGGGGAUGGAAGGACUAA